CAUGACUUGGCAGUUUUGAUUCUUGUUUAAAUUAGUUUUUUUUAUUUAUAAUGCUCAAAAUCAGGAUACGUGUAAUAGUUGGCAUUAUGAUAUUUUUAGGUUAUUUCUUAAUAUACGUCGUCCGUUAUAACCUAAGCGUUCAUCUUGUUGAUAUGGUCCAAAUGUCGAAGAGAGAGAUCGAAAGAAUAACAUUGAAAAGUGGGAGAAACGAGUCUAUUCGUAAAGCUUUUGAUUCAAGAAAAGGGACAAUUUUAGACGUGAUGUUUUGGGAUGAAAUUAAAAUGGCACAACUUUUUUCCGCUUACCAUAUUGGUUAUUGCAUUUGUUUUCCUAUAUUUCAUAACAUCGGCGAUAGAAUUGGACCUACAUGGGUGGUGGGCAUAGCCGGUAUGGUGUCAGGUAUUUUGAAUUGUCUCACUCCAGCAUCAGCUUAUCACCAUUUCUGGUCGUUCUUUCUUGUUCGUGUCAUAAAAGGAUUUUGUGCGGGUGCAAUGUUACCAAGCAUGGUUCAAGUGCUGAGACAUUGGGUGCCGCCAUUCGAAAGAAACCAUUUUAUGUGGGCGUACUGUGGAAUAACAACCGGUACAUGUUCAACAUUCCUGAUAUGUGCCGCUGUACAUUUCUACUCUCGAUGGCCUGUGGGCUUCUACGUGUGUGGCGCGAUGCAGAUAUUGUGGUCAACUGCAUGGGUCUUUGCCGUCAGUGACUCGCCGAGAAAACAUCCUUGUAUAACUGAUGAGGAAUUGGAAUAUUUGUCGAGUACAAUCGGUAAUGUGUUUACGAUUAAGGUAAGGUUACUUUUUAUAGUGUGUUUAUGUAGAAAACGUGUACUCUCUACUUUUGGAAUCAGUACCGGUUUUAGCGCGAUUAGCGCCCUGGACGAUAUUUCUACGACGCCCCCUUUUACUAGCUCUUUUGUAGGGAAAUUAAAAUGGCGCCCUGGGCUUUCGCCCAGACAAGUCCUACGCUAUUACCAGCACUAUUUGUAA